AUGUCUGGAUUUUCCAUACCUUUAGUGAUGCAAGGAGAAGCUAUUAACAGUUAUGCUUCUGAUGCUGAUAAAUUUCAAAACAUGCAAUCUGGGAAGGACACCAUUAGAGAUUUCUCGACUGGCACGUCAUAUCCUGUCAAUAGCAAUCCAAUUCUUGCUCAAUUUAUUGAGGGGAUUCCCCUUCCCGCUUCAUCCAUUAAUACCUUUCCGGCUGCAAGAUAUAGUACUAUCGAGAAUCCCAACAACUUUUCAACUUCUGGUCCUUUUGAUUAUCCCCUGGAAUGCCCAAAAACCAUUGUCCCAAGUGACUACUCUAAUAUGAUGAAUUCUUCGUGUGGAACCUUGAAGUAUGUAUGCAAUGAUUUACCUUUCGAUACAAGCAGUAGAUCCAUAACUUCUCCUGAACUUUUAGGGAUGGGUAUACCCUGUCCAACGGGAAAUUCCACUUCCAAUGGGUGGAUAUUACCAGAACGUGGCAGCUUGACCUCUAAUAGCCCAGGGUCGUCCCUAUUUAGUAACGAGCUGUCCCUUAGUCUUGCUACGUCUCAACCUUCUGUUAUACACCAGACUUCAGUUCAAGAACCAUGUUUAGAGAUGAGCUCGUCUGGUUUUACUAGCUAUUGUUUGCAUAAAAGGCACAUCGGGUCAGAACAAACAUCUUGCAACAGUAAUAAUGUUUCAUUGAGCUUUAGUUCUUCUAAGCCAGUCGAAAUUUCUCGUUUGUUAUUGGGGUCAAGAUAUUUCCACGUGGUGCAAGAAAUACUUGCUGAAAUUGCUCGGUUUGCAUUUGAAAGUUUUGAUCAAACAAGCUAUUCAACUACUUGGACUGAGGAUAGGACAAAUGGUUAUUUUUCUUUACCUGGAAGAGGCUAUUCAGCAUUGAAUCCUUCUGAUUAUCCCGAUGGGGAACGUGGAAUCAAGGAUCAAGGAAAUCACUUUUUUCAAGACAGGAAAGUUGAAACAAAGAAAAAGCAUCUGCUGGCUUUGUUGCAAGUGGUUGAUGAUCGCUUCAACCAAUGCUUAGAUGAGAUCCAUACAGUUGUAUCUGCAUUUCAUGCUGUAACUGAGUUGGAUCCUAAUAUACACGCUCGAUUUGCUCUUCCAACAAUCUCUUUCAUGUAUAAAAACCUACGGGAGAGAAUUAGCUGCCACAUUCUUGCGAUAGGAGCUAAUUUUAGUGAAGGAGGGGUAACAGAAGAAAAGUCAUUCGAGGCAUCCUUCAUUGAAAAACAGUGGGCACUUCAGCAGCUAAGAAAGAGAGAUCAUCCAUUAUGGAGGCCCCAGCGAGGAUUGCCCGAAAGAUCUGUCUCCAUCUUGAGGGCAUGGAUGUUUCAGAAUUUUCUUCACCCGUACCCCAAGGAUUCAGAGAAGCAUUUGCUUGCAUUAAAAAGUGGAUUGACAAGAAGCCAGGUAUCCAAUUGGUUUAUAAAUGCUCGUGUUCGUCUGUGGAAGCCGAUGAUAGAGGAAAUGUACACGGAGAUUAACAGGCGGACAGGUCGCCGGAACAAUGAAGGAACUGACAGCAACUGGAGAAAUCAUAUGUUCUAUGAGAAUACAAGGUUUAAAAUGAAUUAA